CCCACUCACUUCAUAUAACGGUAUGCACGCGCCCUGCAGCCGAUUUUGGCUGAACUGGGAUGCUUUGAAAGUCAGAAGAGGAUAGCUGCAAGUUAAUCUGUAACCACUGCAACGCUUUCAACAGCUACCAGGAAAGUUUGAGCAGACUGCACCAUGGCUGGACUGAAGUACCUGAGCGGGUUUGGGAAUGAGUUAUCCUCGGAGGACCCUCGAUGUCCUGGGUCUUUACCUGAGGGACAGAACAACCCUCAGGUCUGUCCAUACGGCCUCUAUGCUGAGCAGAUCUCUGGCUCUGCCUUCACCUGCCCCCGGCCAGCCAAUAAGAGGAGCUGGUUGUACCGCAUCUUGCCCUCUGUCAGACAUAAGCCUUUCACAGCAGAGCCCUGUGGAAACCUGACAGAGAACUGGAACCAAGUGGAGCCUGAUCCUAACCAGCUGCGAUGGCUGCCUUUCACCAUCCCCAAAUCUACAGAGAAGAAAGUGGACUUUGUAGCUGGUCUGCAUACUGUCUGCGGGGCGGGAGAUGCCAAAUCCCGCAACGGCAUCGGCAUUCAUGUCUACACCUGCAACACCUCCAUGGUUGACAGGUGCUUCAACAACUCCGACGGAGACUUUUUGAUUGUCCCCCAGCAGGGUGAGAUCUUGAUCACCACAGAGUUUGGGAAGAUGAUGGUCGAGCCCAACGAGAUCUGUGUGAUCCAGCAAGGGAUGCGCUUCAGUGUGGAUGUCUUUGGAGAAACUCGAGGCUAUAUCCUGGAGGUGUAUGGAGCCCAUUUUGAACUCCCUGAUCUGGGACCCAUAGGUGCCAAUGGUUUGGCCAACCCCAGAGAUUUCCUGUGUCCAGUUGCCUGGUACGAGGAUCGCAAAGUGGCCACAGGUUACACCGUCAUCAACAAGUACCAAGGAAAGCUCUUCGCCAGCCAACAGGAUUUCUCUCCGUUCAAUGUGGUGGCUUGGCAUGGGAACUAUACACCGUACAAAUACAACCUGACCAACUUCAUGGUUAUCAACUGUGUGGCCUUUGACCAUGCGGAUCCAUCUAUCUUCACUGUCCUGACUGCCAAAUCCACACGACCUGGUGUGGCCAUCGCAGACUUUGUCAUCUUCCCCCCUAGGUGGGGUGUGGCCGACCACACCUUCCGUCCGCCGUACUAUCACCGUAAUUGCAUGAGCGAAUUCAUGGGUCUGAUCAAAGGCCACUACGAGGCUAAAGAGGAGGGCUUCCAACCAGGAGGGGCCAGUCUGCACAGCAUGAUGACGCCUCAUGGCCCGGACGCUGAAUGCUUUGAGAAGUGCAGCACCGCUGAGCUCAAACCUGAAAGGGUUGCAGAGGGAACCAUGGCUUUCAUGUUUGAGUCCUCCUUCAGUAUGGCAGUGACCAAGUGGGGUCUGCAAACGUGUCAGAGACUUGACAAGGGCUACUACCAGUGCUGGGAACCUCUCCGCAGCCACUUUGACCCAAACUGGAAGCCCAGCAAACAGCAGUGAAGUCCCCCCAAGAAGAUCAUUGAACCAAAAUAUAACUGAGAAGAACUGUAAUUUCACUUCAUUGAAUAGAACUAAUAUUAAUCUGAUAUUUGUUGAACUCAAAUGUUAGUUGUUCCUGUUGAAUAGAUCGAUGUCAAUAAUUUCUCUUCUGCUCAAGUAACUCAAACUAAAUACGUCCAUCAACUAUCUGUCCUGCACUUCUGUCUCACUUGUCCAGUGUACAUCAUCAAACCUGACCUAGCUUUU